AUGUCCAUCGCUGCAUUGGUUCUCGCCAAGCAUGAGCGCACUGGGCUGACACGCUGGCGCGACCCAGUCUACCUAGGCCGUGCGCUCGCCGCGCACGACUGCCUCGAGGUGGCUCACUCGCCCGCGUCGACCGUCGGAGGCUGCGUGCAUGGCGGUCGGCAGCUUUCCGCUCUGCUCGAGCGCAGCCGGCGUGCGCCCUGCCGGUGGCCGUCGCGGCACGACUACUCCUACCUCUUUCACGAAGCGAUGCCCGCCGGCGGCAUCCACAGCCUACCUGGCUCGGCUCUCUAUGCGGGCGCCGCACUCACCGGGUCGUACCUUCAUUGGCACGCCGGCGCCCUCAACUACCUCGCGGCGGGUGCCAAGCUGUGGCUGGUCGCGCCGCGCUCGUCGAGCGGCGGCCCGCUCCGCCGGUUCACGUACGGCCGCGUCUCCAACAUGUCGACGCAUCGCUGGCUCCGCUCCGAGCUCCCGACGCUGCUUGCGGUGCCGCGCCUCGCGCUCUUUGUCCAGAGAGCGGGCGAGGCGGUCUACGUGCCGCCGUAUGCGCCGCACGCCGUCGUGAAUCUCGAGUACAAUGUCGGCGCGACCUUCACACUGAAGGCUGCCGAGCCGUCUCUGCCGGUUUGGCUGCUCGCGAGCCUCUUCGGCGGGUGA